AAAGCCGAGCAGUUGAUACUUUCACGCCACAACUUGCCACUCGCCAAGGUGAAAAUUCUUGGUAUUGUCGUAAAAAUUACGUAACUUCAACAAGAAUAAAUCGGCGGGACAAAAAGUUUUCGUGUCUUAAGUAAUGUAUAACCAAAAGUAUUAUAAGAAUACUAUAAAUUGGGUACAAAAAUACACCAAAUUAUGCAAUAGUGUUGGAAACAGUCACCACAAUAACCUAAGAAAUUUACAGAUUAUGAAAAUUCAGAAAAAACUGAGUUUAUUUGCCCCUUGACUUGAUGUGCAGUGUGCCUCGUGAAGAGGUAUAACACACAAACAAGGAAACUGUGAUAUGAAUGAAACAGAAACGAAACACAUCUUUUACUAGGCUAUGGAUUAAAACUGUUGUUUUAGGAAGAGCUACCAAAUCUUUUCUCACAACCUACAUUUGUUUAUAAAAAUAAUGCAAUGAAGCAGCUGGACUAUAUACAUUUAAGGGCAAGUGUCCAUUUGAUCAAGAUCUUAAAGCGCAAGUCAACAUUGGUCCUGAUUGGUGGCUUUUUUCUUAUUGUCUUCUUCAGACGGAAAUUGGUGUGUACCAAUGUAGAACCAUUAUUGCAUAUUAAUUCUGUGUGCACUAGCUUUUGGAAUGGAGUAGCAGCAGGGAACUUAUGCAAUGAAUUAUGCCAGCCAGAGAUUGUACCUUCACUUGCAUGUCAUAACUAUUAUGAAAAAUCAACAGUGUUUUCAGUACAAUGGAAUCAUACUAACAUAGUUUUUAAGUCGGCAAAGAAAUCAAGUCAAACUGAAAUCCAGAAUUGGCCCUAUACUGGUGGAAAUUUCUAUCAAUCUGAAAAUUAUUACACAAAUUUGAUAAAGACUGCUGUCAAAUUAAAAUUUAACAUUUCUAUAACUAAUGUUGAAGCUAUAAAGCUGUUAUAUCUUUAUUUUGGUUUCAAAUGGCCGCAUAAAAGUAGAGAGAUAGAAAAUGUCAGAACUUUAAUAGAAGACAAUGAAUAUUUAGCCCUUAUUUUGUAUCAGAGAUUUGAUGUGUUCCCAAAGUUAGUGGGAACAUGUGGCACUUUGUAUGCUGUACAGAAACUGAACACUGUUUCAGGAUUUUGGCAUCUAAUGACAUUGUAUGAUAGUCAUGUUGAAUGGAUUAAGAGAAUUAAAAUAGCAAUUAAAAUAAUAGAAUUUUUAGCACGUUUAGAAAGUGGUCUUCCAGAGGCUUUGUUGAUUUGCAAUGUUAAGAUGAACCAUUUUGGUAUGACAGAUGACUUUAAGAAAGUUAUGUACCUAGAUUUAGAUUCAGUUCACCCUGUAAGUAUAGCUGGUCAGAUUACAGGUGAUGGAUCAGAAUGUAAAAGUCAUAGUGAUUGUGAUUUUAUGAAUUGUCGGUCAUUUUGUAAUUUGAUCACUCUGAAAUGUCAACAUGGUGUGGUUAAUAACAAUUUACAGAUUGUUUGUGAACGAAUAUUUUUAGGCUGGGUUAUGUCAGGGAAGGUUAUGGUGCCUGGAUUACUAAUGGGACCACAUACUCCACAUGUACUUAUAGAGUUACUUGAAGAGUGCGCUAAUCCAGCUGGUGAAAUUGGGACGCCAAGAGCGCCAGCAACAAAAGAAGUUGGAAAAAGGCUCCAUGACUUAUUAGUACACAUUACUUAUUAGUUUAACGCCUUAGUUCCCAAAGUUGUCCAUGUGGACUCCCAGGGGUCCACGGGAGACUCAACGGGGGUCUGCAUUGGCGUUACAAAAAAUGGGGGUGCAAAAUUCGUAAGCGGGGGUCCACGCAAAAUUAUCUGCUUUCGUUAGUGAAGAACUAAAAUGUUGGCUUGACUUCACCUAUCAAUGCAGGCAGAUAAUGUUUUAAGAAGCUCAGCGACUGUUACUUGUAAAAACUUGCAUAUUCCAUAUUCAGUACAACGUGUCUUUUUGUCUUUUUUUGAUGUCCACUCACAGCACAAUCAAUAAUUAAAUUCUCAUGUGUCGAAAACUAUUAAUUUGUGGUUGGAACUCAGCAAUUUGCGUUGCAAAUUUUCAUAGUUAGAUCUAAUCUUCACAUUUUUUGUCGAGUUUUGAGAAUAUGGUAGAAAUGAAGCUGCAGGGGGUCCACCGGAACCAGCUAAAUUUUGAAAGCGGUCUAUGAGAAAAAAUGUCUGGAAACUUCUGGUUUAACUAGAAAAACACUUCAAAUUAUGACUUUAAUGCACUGCCUGUGAUAUAUUUUGCUGUGAUCUCAAAAAGUUCUGGUACCUACUAAUGUAAACAAAACUUUGCUGUUAAACUAGGUUUAUGUAAAAUAAAGUUCUCUAAUUUAUUUCUUGUCUGCAGGAAAAGUGACUAUUUCAAGCUGUCAUUGUUCCUUGAAUUUAUACAAAAUAUUUUUAUUUCCAUACAAGACAGGUAUUUACAAUGCAAUGUAAUUUUGCAUGUUUUGUAUUAGUCCCUACAAAUUUUUGAAAAAAUUCAAGAAGUGCUGACCAGUAUGGGUUGUAUUUUUAGAAUUAAAUCACAAUGAAAUAGUGGUUAGAAAAGUAUUGGUAGUAAGAGCGACACUCUAUGUGAGUAAUGCCAAAAGUUUGCCAGAGGUCGACGAAGAUUGGCAGUGAAGCCGUCGCGUCGCGCGGCAAGCACGGCGCAUGCGCGACGAUGAUGAGCGACCUUCCUGCGUCCUUUCCUCCAGCCAGUUGAAUCGACGGUUCGUAACGCUUCACCAUUCAUGUAAACACAAGGAAUCGGACUUCACUCUCGUUUGCUGUUUACCAAUAUCUCGGAACUUUCAAACAACAAUACGUGUAGUGUUAUGACGUGAUCUCAUUUCAUGGGAUUUUGAUACACCGGCCUAUUACAAGGAUCUCGUGGCUGCUAUCCUUCACUCUUCAUACU